GAGUGGGACAAUGGCAGUUUUUUUUUUGAUUGGGUGUCCCUCGAGUGGAGCUCUACUUGGUCUCCACCCCCGUCACAACACAAUCCAGAAGACUCCUCCAGCCUUUAAAGGUAGAACAAUCCGAUGGUGCGUGUGGUCUCGUGCCGAUAUCUGCGUAUCAGUUGCAGCGAGGACGACCACCCACUCUUUCGACGCUACUACGCCAGGUAGGCGUAACGUUGCGUCCAUAAUGAGAUGCGCACUUUGACACGUGGUGAUGACCCAGGAGCAAUCGGGAACGCAGCGUUAAGGUUCGUAACACUUACGGGCAGCUCGAGUACCUGUAUUAGUUCUAACUAAGUGGGAUUGAUCUCAGCUAUUGCGCUGCUUCCCUCACUGCUGUCCGGAGCACGUUCAGCGCUGCUACUGCGGCUCUUCCGUCCACGUAUUGGUGACUUUCGAUGCUGAAGUAUCUGCUGCUAGUCAGAGGAAUUUACUGGUCUGCGCUCGCUUCGAACCUUCGCGUGUGAUUCCUCCGUGGCCCAUGAAUCUAAUCAAUACGUCGAGAAUUGAGGAAAAUGGCGUGGACAUUGAACACAGACUGCGGCCAGGAGAGGUUGUCUCUCUACCGGAGACUCUACUGUCCACAGACAACCGGAAGGCGACGCAGAGUGUCUGGAUACGAGCAGACAGAGAAGGCGAGUCGAAGCAGACUUAUAAGAACGGUGUCCUGUUUGUGCUCAAUAAUUACCGCUUCCCCAAGUGGCUCUACAGCUACGAUAGUAGCGUCACUAGGACUCAGCGAGAGAUGACACACCACCUAGUUGUCUAUGUUUGUCAGCUCACAGGAACCAGAUCACAACUUGGAGAGAUUGACGCCGCUGUACUGGCUCGCCAUGAAUCUCCAGGCUUUUCACUAAUUUCUUACCGGCGGUCGGGUAAUAAUGGCCGUGACGCUGGAUGUGAUUUACCUGCUAUCGAUGUGGACUCCAGCACCACGUUUACAGCAGUAGAUUUCGAUUCGCUUGAUGCUUUUUCUUCGUCGUCCGAUGCAAUGGAAGUCGAUUCAGUAGAUUCGACUUCCACUGAGCCUCAGACAGAGAAAGUUUACGCAGCGGCCGACAGAUUUCAACAAAGACAAGUGGAACAGCAGCAGAAACAGUUCGAUAACAGAUCGGCCUUUCCAUUAUGUGGCGAUACUGAAGAUAAGUACUCAUGGCAGCAUAGAGUGGAGGCACUCAACUGUGGCUUUCGAGAAAAGGGUCAGCAUCUUCUGAUUUUAUGGCGGUUUCUACAAAACAUUUCACUCAGGGAGCUUCAGUUGACCGAGGCAGCCAGUACUCACUUGCGUUCAUUUUGGUUACAAGCUGCGGCUUCUUUUCGUUCGAUGGACUCCAGUAGUUUUCUCCACGACGCCGUCGGUUCUCUGUUGAGGAGCAUUUUCGACCACAACUCAGCUACUUCUAUCGGCUCAACGGAUCCAGAAUGCGCCGUUGUUCGAGUAACUACGCAUCUAUUUCUACGCGCGCUGUCGUCCCAUACCGUUCAACGUCUUGUGCUGUCCGCGUGUACUGUGAAUGACGCUAAAACAAGCAAACCACAUCUUCAAGAACGGUUCUUGCUGCUAAUUUCGGACGUGUAUGAAGUUCUCGGUAGAGUCCUACACGAGGUGACAGACGCGGCCUCAUUUACACGAGGGAAUCAGCAUGUAACUAUCCCUACACUAGUUGACGAAGUGCUAUCACUCGUAUAUAGACAGCCGAAAUAUCGACCACUUCGAGCGGGAUUUGUGGCGUUGCUGAUGGACCAGCGACCAGAUUCACUAUCCGACGCUCUAAAUUGUGCGUUUCAGGCGUUUACGGCGUUGAUAAGGGAGAGAAUGAUCGCAUGUGCUACUCGAUACAGAGACCGAAUUCGAACUGGAGGUAACAAUUCAAUCUGGAACCACCGCUGGUUAUUGGAACCUGCUUCGGUUCAGCUUCUUGAUUUAUCGUCAGGUUCUCGUACAGAUUAUCGUCACGAAAUGCGUCUAGUUGACGCCAUGCAACUAAUGUAUGAAUUGGGUUGUGUGGAUUUUAAAGUCCAAGAAAACGCGUCCUGGAUAUCGUUGCGAUCUGCCUUUUCAAUGGCGACAUCAGCUCCAAUGACCCUCGUAUUGGAUGGAAAACUGCGCGUGUUUCGCGUACUGCCCAGUGGAAUUUCAUCUAUGAUCUCGACGCUAGGAAGCUGGUCGAUUGGUGAUUACACCGCUGCAUUUUCAGAAGACGGACGGUCUCUGGAGGUUAACAUUUUCAGCUUUGCUGACGCUAUGACUAACGGAUUUACCAGUGAUGAUCAUCACUCGAGAGAUGCCGCUCGAGAUGAUAUUGUGAAGCUACGUCGAGUGUGUCUGUCGAUCCGACUGGACAAAAAGCUAAACCAAGAAGGCAGAGAUCAGAAGGAUCUAUUUGUUUUCGUACGCGGAACUGUGUACGGAUCUACGCUAUCGUUUUCACUAAAUGAACGCAAGAAUGGAUUGAACCUUUCCGAGCAAUCAGCCAUGGAUCGAGCUGCCACAUGGAGCGAGGUCGAGUGGGCAGAGUUGUGGGAGUUGAAAGCUGGAUAUAUCCCCUUGCCACGCGCUUCCUAGCAGCGUUUCUGGGGACAUUCUGCUUACCUCAACCAAACACUUAGUUUUAUGUAAUACCACGUCGUCUUCGCGUAAUUUACCCUUAGUAAUAAACUCGUACCAUUCAUGAGUCGAACA